UAUUAACUCUUUAUUUUUUCUCUUUGUCCAAGGCAUCUUUUCUUUAAAAACUUAGCCACACAACUCUAAAGCAAAAUGAGGGGGUGGUGGGAGAGGUUGCAGGGCAAUCUCAAAUCCACACAUGAUUAAAUAAUAUUUAAUUUUUUUUAAAAUACAAUGUUUGUCGAUUAGUAGGCAUGCACCAAAGGGGGAUGUCCCGAGCAGAUCUGCUGGAUUGGUAUCAAGGCAGAUUGAGACAAUUUUUAAUUUAUAAGUAUUGACAUUAAAGCUUAAACUAUUUCUGAUCCUCUGUUUAUAUUUUAAGCUUUUACACAAAAAACUAUUCCAGCUGUUAAAAUGUCCUGUUGUGCUUGAACUGUUAAAAAAUGAUAUCCACACUGAUGGCACACACCAGUUAGAAAAGUCACUGUAAAUUUGUUGCAUUGCCACAAUUUCAUCAACAGUUCCCAGGUGUUUAUACACCUCCUAAAAAGCUGUUAAAACUUUGGUAUACCAGGAUUUCCCACACAUUAUUUACUUGUGUCAGUCCGCCACAGUCAAAACACCUGCUGCCAUGUAUUGAUAUCGUACUUUUGGAGCCCCAUUACAUAACCAUUCUGUCAUGCGUUGUACCACACUGUCACAGCAUAGAGCAUACUCUUAGCACAGAUGGCGCAGCAGGACACCAGGCGCAGUGAAAGUGAAAUGUAAUCAUAAUUGUGCUGGGUUUAAAAGUUUGUAUUCACUCACAUCUAUAGCGUCUGCUCCUCUUAUCCAUUAGUCAUAUCUGACUGGAUUGACAGAGCAAUCGUCCACCCCUCCACUCAAACUCUACAGACUGCCGCAAAAACGGACAAAUGUCGAGAGGACACAGAAUGACUUUUUUUUUUUUUAAAAAAAAGGACAAACAACAAACCAAAAAAAAAUGAAAAAUUUGCAGUUUCCAAUAAUCAACUACUGCUACACAUUGAUUCUAAUUCCGUGGGAAACACUGGUAUACCGUAUAAUUUGUAACUUUGUUUUGCUGCAACAACAAAUCCACGCUGAGAUUCCUUUGUUCGUUGUUGUGAUGUGCAACAUUGUCAGAAAUAAUUGAACACCCUCCACAUCCACUCUGGUGUUUUCAGUUACUGGCUGAUUAGACAUAAUUUUAGGUUGUCGUGGGGCGGAGCUAUGGAGACAAUUUACUUAGGUCACCAAACUCCAUGUGUAAGUUGCCCCGCAGGUACAUCGAAACAGUGGAAACAGGGUGAAGGUGAUGUCAGUCCACCGCAGGCUUACAGGUCCGCACAGUUCACAGGAACAGUCUAAUCAGCCAGUUAACUGGAGAUACAGAUGUUACCUGCUUGGGUGUACAGUGUGUGGUUUUGUUUAAUGCAGAGAAGAAAGAAAUUUUGCCCUGAUUGGGCUAAGUAUACACUGCGCAACCUAAUUUCAAAGGAAAAUAUAAAUACUGGAUCAGAGUGUAGCACAGAUUGGAGGAAAAUGUUCGGGGCAUCCCUACACCAGCGCAAAGCAUGCUGGAUAGAUUAACUAAUCACCUGUGCAUGCUAGAAUAGAUUUUGAAGGUGUGUGCCAUCAUCAGUUACUUUCAGUAGAUGUUGUGAGCGUUGAUUAGCAUAUAAUUUGGUUAUUAAUCAUGAUAAGCACACAAACUGCCUUUGGCAUUUCCUUGCUUCAUGUGCCAAAGCUUGGUAUUAUUAAUUUACUCUGUGUAUCUGUAUUUCCAAAAUUUCACUAACACACAAGAGAUAAAAACAGAUUUAAGCUUCUGCUUGAUGUUGCAGUAAAAUGCUUUUUUUAUUGACCCUCUCCACACAUGACUCUGAAAGAGUUGAGUGAAUCUCACGUUUAACAGUGGUGUUUCUUUUGUUGUUGUGUUUUACAGUUCUUUUUCCUGGUUCAGCCAGCCCUAUAUACCAGGCCCUGCUGAAAAUGCCACCAACAGUUUUGUCUUCUGCAGCCUUAUCCUGUUUCUCAAGUGUCCUUUCUGUUGUGUGUGUGUGUGUGUGUGCGCGUGUGUCUCUCUCUCUCUCUCUCCCUCUCUCUCUCCCUCUCUCUCUCUCUCUCUCUCUCCCUCCCCUUUUAAAAUGUAAAAUGUCAGAUUAAAAUAGCCUGUUUUCAGAUUGCACCAUGGAUGAUCAUCUCCAUAAGAUUUUCCCUUUGAUUUUACUGUUUGGUUUCUUCAGCUUUGGGCACAUUUUUCAUGAUUUUAUCACAGCUUUUGCUGGCAGUAGCCCUUAAUUGUUUAGUGCAUUUUAUCUUUGACAUUGUUUAGUGUUUAUUGGCUAAAACCAAGCAGCACUGUAGCUUGUUAGCAAUACUUUAUCUGGUUGCCAAGUAAGUUUUUCUUUUGUGGUGGAAUUGUAUAAAGUAACCACCAGCAAAAGCCCAGAAAAGGUAAUAUGUCUGAACCUUUUCUGUUUUUUGUAUUGGUAAUGGUAAGUGAUGUUGAAUUGUACCCAUGUGUCUACACCCAAAUCAUGAACUUUGUUUUCUGUAUCUCAAUGUUUUUGUGUGCUUUAUAGCGAAGCAGCCGGCACGAGUCGCUUGUUCAUAAAACAUCUAAUGAAAGUUGAGAGCACAUCCCAUGGGACAACUGGCUGUGCUUGCUUACGUUUGGUUCAUGACUUAAAAAACAAGUACAGGAGUCAUUCCUGAUGAAUCUAAAGCAAUGUCGCUGCUGGCUCCAGCCAAUGCCGUGGCAGGAAUGAUGCCUGGGGGAGGCCUUCUUCCAACACCAAAUCCUCUGGCAACAAUGGGAGGGACGCCUUUUGGAGGUCUUGGAGCUCCCAACAUGGAACAAAUGGCUGCCAUGGGAAUGCCAGGCCCUAACAUGAACCCCCAGGCUCUUUCUGCAGACUUCCUGAAGCUCAUGCAGUCUAUGGACCCUAAACUGAAUCCAUUAGCGGCCGGGCUGAACUUGAAUCCAGGGCUGAAGAAUGACGCCUCCAACAAGGAGAUUGAAGAGGCCAUGAAGAGAGUCCGAGAGGCCCAGUCUCUUAUCUCUGCUGCCAUUGAACCAGGAAAUAAGAAAGAUGACAAGCGCAAACAUUCCCGCUCCCGUUCACGGUCACGCCGCAGGCGGUCCAGAUCUCGCUCAAGACACAGACGUUCAAAGAGCAGGUCUCGGCGGAGGUCCCAUUCAAGGAGUAGGAGGAGGUCCAAGAGUCCACGGAGGAGGAGGUCCCACUCUCGGGAUAGAGGUCGCCGCAGUAGAUCUAGGGACAGGAGGAAGGAGGAAAAGUCUAAGAAAAGGUCAAAGACACCCCCCAAGAGCUACAGCAGUGCCAGGAGGUCUCGCAGCAUUAGUCGGAGGCACAGGCGAAGCCGCAGUGCAUCUCGGUCCCCCAGGAGGAGGUUGUCCAGGUCUCCAUCGCCCAGACGUCACAAGAAAGAGAAAAAGAAGGACAAGGAGCGUGAGAAGGACCGGGACAGAGACAGGAGGGACGACAGGGACCGGAGCAGAGAUGAAAGAGAACGCUCCACAAGUAAGAAGAAGAAGAGCAAAGAUAAGGAGCGAGAUCGAGAACGCAAAUCCGACAGUGAGAAAGGAGAUGUUAAGGUGACCCGGGAUUAUGACGAAGAGGAGCAAGGUUAUGACAGUGAAAAGGAAGGAGAGGAGGAUGAUGAUGAGAGGAAGAGCGAUUCUGACUCUGCUUCAUCCCCCAAAGGCCAAGAGGAGAUGGAGAGAUCAGAGGGCCAAGUCCCCAAAAAGUCCAAACUGAAUGGUGACGACCACCAUCAGGAAGACAUGGAGAUGAGCGACUAAGAACAUCCUGAACCAGACCAUAUUAUCUUUCCACUAUCCUCUUUUAUAUUUUUAAUAUAGGCCACAACAUGUCUGUGCCUGAUCAUUCGAAGUUAAAAACAUUUGUUGUCUUAACUGUAGAAGCGUUGGGGAAGGAAGGGGUGUAGAGGGAAAGCAGUCAAAUAAUUUUUGUAAAGACAAAAAAAAAACAAGGACUAAAAUAUGAAUAACAUGAGACAUGGUUUUAAAUUGUCAUCGCUGUACUUUUUUAAGAUCCUGUUGAUUUUUCUUUUUGUUGCCUUUGUGUUCAAACUUUGUGCUCCUGGCAGUAGAAUACAAAGCAUUUCCCAACUACAAUGUUGUCCAUGUAAAUAUUUUACGAGUCAGGAUUGAGUCCUUUUUUUCCGACUGUUAGUCACUCGCCACCCAGCACCGACCUCAUGGUUAAUUUUUGGUUGCUGAAUCAUUUUGCUUUAACUGUAAUGCUCCAAGUUUCAGCUAACCUUCCUAUUUACAGCCCUUUGUAAGUGUACACUGUAGAUUGAAAUGUGUUGUUGCAAUGAAGUACAUUAGGUUUUCCAAAGGAAACGAAUAAAAUUGGGUCAAACUGUCAA